AUGUCAACGUCCGCACUUUUUAUAUUGGAUUUGAAAGGGAACGUAUGUUUUUCAAUUUUCUCAUUAUUAAUUACAUUUUGUGAACUUUUUGACAAUGAAAUUUUAGUGAAAAAACUUGCAAAAAAUGCUACUAUAUAUUCAAAAAAAGGCAGAAUUGAUUGGAAAUUAGCUUUAAAAACGCCGUUAGUCAAAUUAUAGAGGAAAAAAAAACUUUUUGCUCAGUGAAAUAAAAAUAAUUUUUUAUUCAAUUUGCACAGAAUGCGGCAGGAUUGUCACUGAAAGUGCAUUUGAAAAAAAUCCUCUCAAUUUUUUUCUAUCGCGUUACCUAUUUGCAAAAGCUUCAAAAUGACUAUGAACACAAAAAAUUUGAAAAAAAUGAUAAUGAUAUAAUUGCGCGUAGUGAAAAAGUAUUUUCUGCAACCAGCCUGCUAGUUGCGGACAUUGCGCGUGAGCUCAAAAAAGAAAAAAAAUCCCAUUUUACUCAAAAUCUGAUUAAAAAUUCGUGAUUUCAAGGUGGUGGUUUCCCGAAACUACCGCGGAGAUGUGGACAUGGCCUGUAUCGAGAAGUUCAUGCCACUUCUCGUCGAAAAAGAAGACGAAGGCACGGCGUCGCCGGUCAUUUAUUUUAACGGGAUCAGCUACACCUACAUCAAGCACAUGAACCUUUAUUGUAUGUCAUCUAUGAAUUUUGAGUUAAUAGCUCAAAUUUUUAGUGGUCAGCGUGUCGAAAAAGAAUUUAAACGUGGUUUUAGUUCUCUCAUAUCUCUAUAAACUUGUCGAGGUAAAUUUUAAGUUCUAAUUUUGAAUAUUUCGAAAAUCCUCAGGUAUUCUGCGAGUACUUCAAAGACUUGGAAGAGGAAUCGGUGCGGGAUAAUUUUGUGAUAAUUUACGAGCUUUUCGAUGAGAUGAUGGACUUUGGGUAUCCGCAAACGACAGAGGGGAAAAUCUUGCAAGAGUUUGUUUUUUUUCUGGAAGGGCAAAUUCAACUAGAAUAUUUUUAAGAUAUAUAACUCAACAAGGUCAUCGGUUAGAAGCCGCUCCGAGGCCUCCAAUGGCUGUAACUAAUGCCGUUUCUUGGCGAUCCGAGGGGAUUCGAUACCGGAAAAAUGAAGUUUUCCUCGACGUGAUAGAAAGUGUCAAUAUGAUGGUGGGUUUUUGAAAAAAUCAGGGAAUUUUGUGAAACUUUUGUAAACGAAAAACACAAUUUUCGCCUUCUUCUAGCCUCUCAAAACUAUAAAAUAUAAAGAAACAGGUGUUAUUGCCGAUUUUUGUAAACGUUUCACAAGUUGUUUCCAAGCUCACUGUAGUGUAAAUUUUUAGUGACCACUUAAGUGUUUUGUCGUUUCACUGGUCACUUCAGGGUUUGGAUGUUCAAGUGUCCACUAUAGUAGUCGAAUUAGUGACCACUAAAACGGCUAAAAUUUUUGUGGCCUUUCUGGGAAAAUUUUUUAGUGGCCACUAUAGGGUUUUGACGUUUUAGUGGCCACUAUAGGGUUUUGAGGUUUUAGUGGCCACUAUAGGGUUUUGACGUUUUAGUGGCCACUAUAGGGUUUCGACGUUUUAGGGGCCACUGUAGUAGUCAAAUUAGUGGUCCCUAAAGGGAUUAAAAAUAAGUGGCCACUAUAGAAGUCUAAGUGCAAUUAAUAGACCACUAAAAAUUUUAGUGGCCACUUUAGGGGUCAAUGGAUCAACAUAACUGGUCCAAUCUGUUUGUUUUUAAAUCAUCAGAGUUACUGGAAGAAAAGCUGCAAUAGAAAACUACUGAAGGGGCCACUAUAACGGAAAAUAGUGGCCACUAUAGAGGUGGGUUUAGUGGCCACUUUAGUGUCCUUUCCAAGUAAUCCUUGAGAAACCACUUAAGUGGCCACUAGACUUUCAAAAAGCUGUUUUUUAAACCUGUCUCAGUUUCCUUUCAACCACUUCUAUUCAAAAAUUAGGGUUAAGUUUGAAUUUUUUCAGGCCAACGCCCAAGGGACCGUCCUACGUAGCGAAAUUGUCGGUAGCAUCCGAAUGCGGGUCGUUUUAUCGGGCAUGCCCGAGCUGCGCCUGGGACUUAAUGAUAAGGUCAUUUUCCAACAGGCCGCCGCCACUGGACCUCGUUAGUUUGACCAGCAUUUUGUCGUUGUAUUUACGAGACUUACAGGAAGAGGAGCCGCGGGACGAGGCGUCGAGCUGGAGGACGUCAAGUUCCACCAAUGCGUCCGGUUGUCCCGGUUCGAGGCUGAAAGGACCAUUUCUUUCAUCCCGCCUGAUGGGGAAUUCGAACUGAUGAGCUAUCGGUUAACAACUCAGGUUCGUUUUUUUCAAAUACCCCCCUUCCGCUUUUUUAACAGCCCCCCACCAUGCGUCGGCUGUAUCCCAUCCCCGUACAUUUUCUCAAAUUUUUUUAGCACAUUUUCAAAUGCGCGCGCAAAAAGGCUGUGGUGGGAUCCAGUCGAUAUAUGGGGGGAUUCUGUAUUUUUUUAGAAAAGCCUUCCCGAAGUAAAAAAACGAGGGCCAAUUUUGAAACGCCUCGCACUAUUUUAUACUCCCCCCCCCCUCCGCUGCUCAAACUACUUUGAAAUAUUCCCCACCCGCCCCAACUAAUUCUUUGAAAUAGCUUUUUCAGAGUUUCUUAUUGAUUGCAAUCAAAAAUGUAUGUACUUUAGUGACGACUGCACUUCGACUUAUCAUGCUCAAAAAAAAUAAAAAAAAACUUUUUUGAAGGUGAAACCGCUGAUUUGGGUGGAAGCUGUCGUUGAGAAACACACUCAUUCACGGGUCGAAUAUAUGGUCAAGGUCGGUAAUUUUUUGUCUCAGCCCUCCAAUUUUCGCAUUUGGAAUGGCUCAACGCGUUGCUCAAUUUUUUCUCUGGUCCAUAAAAAUUAAUCUUCAAAUUUAGCUUUUCUAGUGUUUUGAGAGCCUUGGGCGCGAGUCGUUUCUAGGUCGGGCGCAAAAAAAAAUCUAGUUUUCAACGACUUUGCGUCCUGGGAAAAUUUUAAGAGGCCACUAUAGAGGCUUGCCAAGGACUACUGGGAGAGGACACUAAAGCGGCCACUAUUUUCCGUUUUAGUGGCCACUAUAGUGGUUCUCUAUUUAGUGGCCGCUUCAGUGGUUUUUCAUCCAGUAUUCCUUUCAGUACUUCUCAUAUUUUAAAAAAAAACACAGAUUGGACCAGUUAUGUUGAUCCAUUGACCCCUAAAGUGGCCACUAAAAGUUUUUAGUGGUCGAGUAGUAGCACUUAGACCUCUAUAAUGGCCACUAAUUGUUAACCCCUUAAGUGGCCACUAAUUUGACUACUAUAGUGGCCACUAAAACAUCAAAACCUUAUAGUGGCCACUAAAAAUGUUCCCAGUACCAUGUUAAGCCAUUCCAAAUGCGACCAAGCCUUUUUUAUUCAGAAAAAAAAAAUAUGAAAAACAAAUAUUUUAGGCCAAGUCCCAAUUCAAGCGGCAAUCGAUCGCGAAUCACGUCGAAGUGGUCAUUCCAGUGCCCUCGGACGCCAGUUCGCCCAAGUUUAAAACUAGCGUCGGGUCGGUGAAAUAUGCUCCCGAGCUCAACGCCUUCGUUUGGACCAUCCGGAGUUUUCCAGGUGACUUUUCAAAGGCGUCAAUAUUUAUAAAAUUUUAUCGAUUUUUUUGGGAAUCAAGCCAUUUUUCAAUAAUUUUCUCACAUUUCAAAAAUUUGUGAUGCUUUUUUUGUAGCUUGAAUUUUAAGAUUUCAAAAAAAUUGUCUGACUUCUCUGCGCCCUCUCAUUUUUGCGCACUGUUUAGGAACUCCAGAGUGGUCCCUAUAGGGGCUUCGGAUGGUCCCUUCUAAAAGGUGCAACCGACCAAAAACGGCUUGCGCGCGUAGAUAUUUAAAAGCAAUACUUAGGAGCUCCACAGUGGUUCCUCUAGGAGCCUUUGGAAAGUCGCCUUUAGGGACCACUUUACAAACCUCUAUAGGGACCCCUAAAGCUUGCAAAAGUGGUCCCUAUAGGGGGUAAUUUUUAUGAAAUCUGUGCGAAGAAGCAUUUCCAUAUGAAAAACUGAAUAAAUAACCGUUUUUUGAAUGAAUUUGAAAGACCCCUAUAGGGACCACUUGAGCUUUGAAGGCUAAGGGGUCAGACCCUGAAACCCUAUAGGGAACACUUUUUUGGCCCCCGUUUUUCCCCACCCCCCAAACCCUAUAGGGGCCACCUCAAUCUUACCCUUAUAGAGGCCACUUUUCCGGCCCCUAUAGAGGCUGUUUCUCACCCUAACCCUAUAGGGACCACUUGAGCUUUAGGGGCUGAGGAUUCAGACUCUGAACCCCUACAGGGGCCACUUUUGUGCACCCUUUGAAAAGGCUGUUUCUCUCUCUAACCCCUAUAGGGACCACUCUAGAAUUUCUGGUGAGAGAAAAGAGGGCGCAGACAGGUCAGACUGUCUCAAAUCAUGCAGAAUCAAGUGUUAUUAUUCUCAACAGGUAGAUUUAAUUAACAGGUGGCCGUGAAUACCUGAUGCGGGCCCACUUCUCCCUUCCGUCAAUAAUGAGCGAAGAAAUCGAAGGAAAACCGCCGAUUCACGUCAAAUUCGAGAUUCCUUACUACACGACCAGCGGGCUUCAGGUAAUGCUGAAAAUAUCUAGCUUGGAUAUGGACAAGGCGAGGGAUCAACAGUGGCUGGAAGAGACGGCAGAGAAGCAGAGGAAAUCAAGCUCUCUGACCUCUCUUCAGGCAUCUGUUGAUCUCUAGCAUUGAACAAAAGAAAUAGAGGCGAGAGAUCAACGGUUUCUUGAAAGAGACGUCAGAGAAGCAGAGAAACUUGUGCUCUCUGACCUCUCUUUAAGUCUCGGUUGAUUCCUGAAGUCUAAAAUGAGUAAAAGUGUUGGCGAGAGAUCAACAGUAGACUGAAGAGGCGGCAGAGAAACGAGAGUUUUUUGCUUCUCUGGGCUCUCUUCAAGUUGCUUAAUCUCUCGCUUUUGAGACUGAAAAAAACUCUCUGAACUCUCGUCACCCUUCGCUCUAAAUUUUCUAAAGGCAAAUUAGGCUAAAAAAGACGCCAGACAUCUAGAGAAACUUUGAAUGUCUGGCGUCUCUUCAAGCCAAGUUGAUCUCUCACUUUUCUUCAAAAAAUGGAAAAUACAAGAAAAAAUUCAACAAAAUCACAAGAAAACAGCUUUAAAAUUGAACAAAAAUGAUGAACCGAAAGAGAGAUCUACAGUGCUCUGAAGAGACGCCAGAGAAACGAGAGUGUUUUGACUUCUCAGGGGUCUCUUCGAAUCGCCGUUGAUCCUUCGCUCUCAAGUAUUGUGAAACUAGAAACCUUUAAAAGUUAGAGAAAGCGAGAACUCAAAAAAGAUUGAAGAGACGCGAGAGAAAAACAGAAAGUUUUCAUGUCUGGCGUCUCUUCAAGCCUAGUUGAUCUCUCAAUUUUCUCUCAAAACAUUGGAAAUAUAACGAAAAUAUGACUUUAGAAAAAGCGAGAACUCAACAAGGUCGAAGAGACGCGAGAGAAACACAGAAAUUUUUUAUGUCUGGCGUCUCUUAAAGCCUAGCUGAUCUCUCGCUUUCCAAUUUCAUAGAACUAGAAACCGCGAAAAGUUGGAGAAAGCUCAAACACAUAAAAGAUAGAAGAGAUGCCAGAGAAACACAGAAAAGUUCUAUGUCUGGCGUCUCUUCAAAAAAUAGUUGAUCUCUCACUUUUCUCAAAAUUUUCAAUUUUUCAGGUCCGAUACCUCAAAAUCAUCGAGAAAAGCGGCUACCAAGCGCUACCGUGGGUCCGUUACGUCACCCAAAACGGAGAUUAUCAGCUUCGAAUGAACUAA